AUGGGCCCAAUGAAAAUUUCAGUAGAAACGCCUUUAUUUGACUUCGAUGUAAUCGACCAAUUUAAGAAAUCAACCUUUUCAGUGCCAAAUACUAGGGUUAAAACUAUUAGUGGAUGCAUUGAGAAGUUCACCAAUGAAAAUAAUUUAUAUGAUAACCAACAUAUAUUUUGGCAACCCGUCAAAAAAUCGAAUGUCAGAUUGUUGCUAAAUACCAAUGAUUUUGGCCAGUUAGGAAACUUUUUGCGUCAACAAAUUAAAUGCAACAUUUUUAUUGGCGAGGAAACGUUGAAGAAAUAUGAACUGACUAUAUCUGGAUUCUACGACAACUUUUUGGGAGGUUCUGCCCCUAGUAUAAGCAAUGUUGUGAAGGAUAAGGACGUUGCAGUGUCACGCAAGAGUUUGAGCAAUACAUCAAAACAACUCUCUAUACUUGAAAAGCCCACAAAUAAGGCACAACAUCAACCAGCGCAACCAAGUGAGGUAGAGGAGAAGAAGUAUGUUUUGCUAUCUGGAAACAAGCCCGAACUCACAAAGUUUUUUUCUAAUCUUGAAAGUAAUGUGCAAUUACAAGAGGUUUAUGAUGGUUAUAAAGCUUACAAGAAGCUACUAAAUAAGUUUAAUGGUCAAAAAAGGAGAAUGGAGUCUUUCUUAAAUGAAGACAUUCCGGCGCCAGAUGGCGAAAACAUGAAGCAAGUAGCUUUAUUUGAGAAACUGGACGAAAAGGAGAAACACCUUGUGGAACCAAAUGAUCAGUCAUUACACGUUGAAGUGGGUAACGAAGACAAUUCACUGCAUUUCAUAUUAAGCAACAAUACAAAAUCAAUAGUUCCAGGGAAUUGUACGUUGGAGUUCUCAAGUCCGACCUCCGAGAUAUUCAGGAUCAGAAUGGGGCCGCAUGAAAUAGGUAUAAAAGGGCAAAAAGAGUUACGGUAUUUUCCAUCUCUAUCUACUCCUCUCUCUGAUUAUACAAUCAAAGUUAUAAAUCAGGACGGUGAUACCAUAUUCGUUGGUAGAUGUGCUGAUUCCAGUGAUAUAAGUUUGAAAUCCCCAUUGCCCUCAUAUUCAACGGGUAGUUUUCACACGUUACAAGACCCUGAUAAUAUAUUCCGUGCGGAUGCGCUUUCUUCGUUUGAUGAAUUGAGCAUCGUAAGCACCCCUUUUUUAGAUGAGACAGAGAAUUCCUAUAAUUCUGGUUCCACAUUAAGUAGGCCAUUUACAUGGGAAGAAAUAUAA